AUUCAUGUAUAUAUGUUGAGAAUUUGGAUUUGGAUUUAGUACAGUUCAGCAGCAAAAUGUGGAGAUCUAUUUUCUGUAAAUCUGCAAUCCCCAAACAAAAUGCCAGAUUCAUUCAUGACCUCCAUGGCUGCUUCCCUUAAAAUUGUUAUCUAGUACUGGUUUUCAAUCGGCCAAGAGGAUGAAGUUAGGGGAAGGGAAAGAAAAAAGGAGGUGGUAUGAGUGCUUGUGGGCAGCAAUGGUGAUGAAUCAAUCAAUGAUGACUCUUGUUAUCAACAAAGCACAACACUAGAACAAAAAUACCGACUCUAGCUUCAAUAACAAAGCCAAAUAAGACAAAUGGCCAUGAGAAGAAUGGAAGUCAUGUUGUUUUUUCUUCCUACGCAAUUGUUGAGUCACUGAAAAUGGUGAUCAAAUCCAUCCAUUGAUUUAUCACUACUUCUACAAUGUUGUUGAACUUGUGCAACUCAGCCCGCAAUGUGCAAUACAAAACGUCAUCACUCGAGGUUUAGACAUGGUGGAAAAUUUAGGGGUGGUGGUACAGGCAAUAAAGCAGUUGAUGGGGGGAGAAGAGAGAAAAGUGAGGACUAAAGUACACGAAUGAGUGGAUAGAGAGACGGAUUUGGGGGAGAGUGUUCAUGGGGAUUGUUCAAUGGUCACAAAGUGGUUGUGGUGCUUGUGUUGUUCUACUGUCGAAGUAUAAUCCCGUGGAUGAAGAAGUUGAAAAUUUUACAGUAAGUUCAUGUCUUACCCUUCUUUGCAGUGUAGACAAGUGUUCAAUUACUACAACUGAAGGCCUUGGAAAUAGUAAAGAUGGGUUUCACCCAAUCCACCAAAGGUUUGCUGGUUUUCAUGCUUCUCAAUGUGGAUUUUGUACACCUGGAAUGUGCAUUUCUCUCUUCUCGGCUCUUAUCAACGCUGAAAAAGCACCACGGUCAGAGCCCCCUCCAGGAUUCUCCAAGCUGACAGUUUCAGAAGCUGAAAAGGCUAUUGCGGGAAAUCUCUGUCGAUGUACUGGGUAUCGGCCCAUUGUUGAUGCCUGCAAAAGCUUUGCCGCUGAUGUUGACAUGGAAGAUUUGGGAAUCAAUUCUUUUUGGAAGAAAGGAGAGAGUAAUGAAGUGAAGGCAAGUAAAUUACCAUUUUACAACCCAAGUGAUCAGAUUUGUACAUUUCCUGAGUUCUUGAAAAACGAAAUUAGAUCUUCUAUGCUUUUGAGUUCCAAAAGUAAUUCUUGGUAUCAGCCAGUUAAUGUUAAGGAGCUUAUGAGCAUGCUGCUGGCUGAAAAUGAUACACGGGUUAAAUUAGUUGUUGCUAACACAGGGACUGGUUAUUACAAGGAAGUAGAUCACUACGACAAAUACAUUGAUCUGAGGCACAUUCCUGAUCUCUCAAUGAUUAGAAGGGAUCAGAUGGGGAUCAUAAUUGGAGCAACUGUGACGAUCUCUAAAGCUAUCUUAACUUUGAAGGAAGUAAACAAUGGUGAGUUUCAUUCACAAGGUGAGUUAGUGUUCCAAAAAAUUGCCAACCAUAUGGAGAAGAUUGCUUCAGGGUUCAUCCGAAACUCGGGUAGUAUAGGGGGAAAUUUGGUAAUGGCACAACGGAAUUAUUUUCCUUCAGAUAUUGCUACGAUACUUCUUGCUGUGGAUUCAGCGGUGAAUAUAAUGACAGAUCUCAAACAUGAAAAGCUUACAUUGGAGGAGUUCUUGGGAAGACCUCCUUUAGAUCCUAGAAGUGUGCUUUUAAGUAUACAGAUUCCAUGUUGGGAAACAGCUAGAAAUGGUUCCACAAAAACUGACACGAAGUUACUGUUUGAAACCUAUCGUGCUGCACCUCGAUCCCUAGGGAAUGCUUUGGCUUAUUUAAAUGCUGCUUUCUUGGCUGAAGUUACUUCAUGUAAAACUUCUAAUGGAGUUAUUAUAGACAAUAUUCAAUUGGCUUUUGGUGCUUACGGUACUAAACAUGCAAUAAGGGCAAGAAAGGUCGAGGAAUGCUUAGCUGGAAAACUGUUAAACAUUGAUGUUCUUUUUGAAGCUAUUAAAUUACUUGAAGCCACAAUUGUGCCCGAAAUCGGUACUUCAAGAGCUGCUUACAGGUCAAGCUUGGCUGUUGGUUUUCUCUUUGAGUUCCUUCGUCCCUUCAUUGAUGUUUGUGGUGAAUUAACUAAUGGCCUGGUAGAUGGAUUUAAUGAAAACCAAGCAUUGUCGUUGUCUGCAAAACAGGUGGUGGAAUCAAACCAAAAGCACUAUCCGGUGGGUGAACCAAUUACAAAAUCUGGUGCUGCUAUCCAAGCUUCUGGUGAAGCUGUCUAUGUGGAUGAUAUUCCUUCGCCAACAAACUGCCUUCAUGGUGCAUUCAUUUAUAGCACAAAGCCUUUGGCACGGGUAAAGAGUGUCAAAAUUAAAUCUGAGUCACAACAAGAUGGCAUAGCUGGAGUUAUUUCUUACAGAGAUAUCCCUAAUGGUGGGAGCAAUAUAGGUGCUCAGGCCAUGUUUGGUCCUGAACCUUUAUUUGCUGAUGAUCUUACUAGGUGUACUGGCCAGGCCCUUGCAUUUGUGGUUGCAAAUACUCAGAAGGUUGCAGAUAUGGCUGCAGAUACUGCCUUGGUUGAUUAUGACACUGAAAAUUUGGAACCCCCUAUUUUAACCCUUGAAGAGGCUGUUGAGAGAUCAAGUUUUUUUGUAGUCCCUCCUUUCCUAAAUCCGGCACCGGUUGGUGACUUCUCUAAAGGAAUGGCUGAAGCUGAUCACAAGAUUCUCUCUGCCAAGAUCAAACUUGGGUCUCAAUACUAUUUCUAUAUGGAAACACAGACCGCCCUUGCUAUCCCAGAUGAAGACAACUGCAUGCUGGUUUACAGUUCUAGUCAGUGCCCUGAGUUUGCACAUGCUUCAAUUGCAAGCUGUCUUGGUAUUCCUGAACAUAAUGUCCGUGUGAUUACAAGAAGAGUUGGAGGAGGUUUCGGUGGCAAGGCCAUAAGAGCUAUGCCUGUUGCUACAGCAUGUGCACUUGCAGCACACAAAUUACAGUGCCCUGUCCGGAUAUAUCUUAAUCGCAAGACUGACAUGGUAAUGUCAGGAGGAAGGCACCCCAUGAAAAUAACAUACAGUGUUGGGUUCAAAUCCAGUGGGAAGAUCACUGCUCUACAUCUUGAUAUAUUAAUCAAUGGUGGAUUGUUUGUAGAUAUAAGCCCAAUCUUGCCACUGAACAUGUUGGGUGCACUAAAAAAGUAUGAUUGGGGUGCUUUAUCUUUUGAUUUUAAGGUGUGCAAGACAAACCAUUCUACUAAAUCUGCAAUGCGGGCCCCUGGGGAGGUGCAGGCAUCUUUUAUUGCCGAAUCUGUAAUAGAACAUGUAGCGUCUGUGCUUUCAAUGGAAGUGGAUUCCGUGAGAAACAAAAAUCUCCACACAUUCGACAGCCUGAAUUUAUUCUACGAGGGUAGUGCAGGUGAAUCUGUGGAGUAUACUUUGCCUUCUAUCUGGGAUAAAUUGGCUAGGUCUUCAUGCCUUCACCAAAGGAUUGAAAUGAUACAACACUUCAAUAUGUGUAAUAAAUGGCGGAAAAGAGGCAUUUCUCGAGUUCCUAUUAUACAUGAAGUGAUUGUGAGACCUACCCCGGGGAAAGUAAGUAUUCUUCGGGAUGGGUCUAUUGUUGUAGAAGUUGGAGGGAUUGAGUUGGGCCAGGGGCUGUGGACAAAGGUAAAACAGAUGACCGCAUUUGCUCUCAGUAUGAUACAAUGUGAUGGAACUGAAGAACUCUUAAAGAAAGUUCGGGUCAUACAGUCAGAUACCCAGAGCUUGAUACAAGGGGGUUUCACUGCUGGAAGCACGACAUCCGAAUCAAGCUGUGAAGCAGUUAGACUUUGCUGCAAUAUCUUGGUUGAAAGACUAAUCCCCCUUAAAGAAAAGUUGGAGGAGCAAACAGGUUCUAUAAAAUGGGAGGCUCUGAUUCUCCAGGCACAUUUGCAAGCUGUGAACUUAUCAACAAGUUCUUUCUAUGUGCCUGACUUCACUUCUAUGCAAUAUCUGAAUUAUGGUGUUGCAGUGAGCGAGGUGGAAGUAAACCUCUUGACUGGAGAAACUAGUAUUUUGCAAGCAGAUAUUAUCUAUGAUUGCGGGCAGAGUAUGAACCCUGCUGUGGAUUUGGGACAGGUUGAAGGAGCCUUUGUACAAGGAGUUGGAUUUUUUAUGUUUGAAGAAUAUCUCACAAACUCUGAUGGAUUGGUUGUUUCGGACGGCACAUGGACAUACAAGAUCCCAACUGUUGACAACAUACCCAAACAGUUCAAUGUUGAGCUACUAAACAGCGGACAUCACCAAAACCGUGUUCUCUCUUCUAAAGCUUCUGGUGAGCCGCCAUUGCUUCUGGCGGUUUCGGUUCACUGUGCAACAAGAGCAGCCAUUAAAGAAGCUAGAAAACAGCUUAGUUCUUGGAAAGGGUUAGAUGGGUCCAAUUCAACGUUCCAGUUGGAGGUCCCAGCUACGAUGCCAGUCGUGAAGGAAUUCUGUGGAUUAGACAUUGUGGAAUGGUACUUGAAAAGUUUGCUAUCUAGCUGACUAAACUUCCAUUCCUUUGCUGUCUGGAUUGUAAUUGAGUUAUGUGAUGAACAUUAUAAGCCCACAAAUGUUAUUGAAGAACUGUAACACUUUGUUAUAGAAAGUUACUGACAAACCCUAUGAUUCAAAUGUAAUGAACGAUGGAGAUCACCUAGAUUCAUCAUGGUUAUACAAAUAUAUGAUUUAGGGUUUAGGUCUGGUUUGCAGCAUCCCUUAAAUGGAAGUAACUUUGAGCAACAGUUGCGAAUGAA